UCCACUACCCCACUCUUUAUAAAUAUUUCCAAUAUAAAUUGGGCAUUGUGAAAAUCGGCCACAACACUACACGCAGAGUUCUUCCUGUAAGCACGACUAUAGCUGUGUUGUAAUUCGUAAAAGCAACUAUGAAUUCAUCAAUGUAUCCAAACAUGACCAGUGUAACAGCAGUAGCGAUGAUGUUCGCCGCAGUUAUCCUGGUUGCCGACAUCGCGGGAGCAGCUGCGGCUGCGGCUCCACAAGUGCCACAGCCGGUACAUCUGCAGACGGCUCAGUUCGGACCGGAAGCCAGAGGAUACGCGGCCGGUUACGGUUAUGGCGGCGUCCAAGUGCCGGUGAGCGUCCACGCCGCGGCCGUCGUCGGCAAGUCGGUGCCUCUACACCAUCACCAGCAGCAGUACUAUGCGGACGGGCCACCGGUGGUGGUCGGUUAUGCGCCGUCGGCCGUCUACAAACCGGACCUGUCGGCGUACGCGUACGGCGCGUCGCCACACGUGGAACAGCUUCGCCGGUUCGACCCGGUGGUCCGGCCAGUGCAAACGGUGGUGCCGAAGGUGACGGCUGUCGAGCCCUCGGUGACCGUCCACAAGACGUUUGUGGACGUGCCCGUAUUGCACCAUCACGACCAACGCUUGCCGUACGUUGCUGCAGGGCCGGCCGCGGUGGUGCAGGCAGACUACGCGUCGCCAUACUACAACUAUCAGGUGGUCGAUCGAUGAGCGGGCCAAAAAUGAAAACGAAAUUUAUUAUAUUUUCUCAUGAAUGUUUAUUAUUAUAAUGAUAUUGUAUAUUUAUAUAUAUAUAUAUAUAUUAUAUUGUCGUAUCAAAACGUUUUACGCCACCAGUGCGGCGUAAACAUAAUAUUAUAUUACAAUUAUUAAAUUUACAUAAUGUUUUAUUGUACUCGUACGUAUUAUAUUACAUUUAGCGUUUACACACGCGAUACGCAUUGUUUUCGUAUUGCGGUAACGUUUACAUGUUUUUUUUUCUUUAUUAUGAAUUAUAUAAUAAUACUAUAUCGACCGUA